CCAGUCUCCCUCAGACCCUCCGGCAAGCAGCACCGUCACCAGCACGGUCAGUGUGGCUCUCCCUCACCAUGCCGAAAGAUGCAGUGACAAAACAGGAGGAUGACGUCAACUCACCCACAGAGGAAGAGGAGGCGAUGGCAUCCAGUCUCUUGAAGGAGGCCCAUGUGCGGGCGGCCCUCGCUGCCGACAAAGGGGUCGCCGUGCGCCUCACAGCCUGGAAGGUCGUGGACUUCAGCAAGAAGGGGGACAACUACGUUUCUGCUGUGAGCAGCGUCGAGGUCACGUACGAGUUGGACGGUCAGAGCCAGGAGGUGAGCUACAUAGUGAAGCUCAACCCAUGCAGGAACUCUGAGUCCUCGAAAGAAUAUGACACAAUAUUCUUUCACAAUGAAUCAAGCUUUUACCUCGAUAUCGUCACUGACAUGAACUCCAUCUUGAGUGACAUUGGAUUUAACGAACUCAAAGUCCCAAAAUGUUUUCACGUAGAUUUGGAAAAAUAUAAAGAGAUCAUAUUUCUGGAAGAUCUUCGAGUACAGGGAUUCAAGAUGGCUGACAGAAGACAGGGCCUGGACGAGGCCCACGUCCGGCUUGUCCUGGAGGAGUUAGCCAAGUUCCACUCCGCCUCUUUCCUCAUGCAGGCCAAGGCCCCCGGAGAGGACCUUGCCUUUAGGUACCCAUUCCUGCAGAGGUGCUGGCCAUACAUAUUAAAGAACAAUUCCCUAGCCCUGACAUUGUUCAAGGGUAACCUGAAGUACUGCAGAGAGUUACUCCUCAAAGUUGGGGGCUACGAAAGAGCAAUAAAAUGGAUUGAUAGCGUCAUUCCUUCCUUGAUAGAUGUCAUUGAUGAGCAGACGAAGAGGGGCAGGUUCAAGGUGGUGUGUCACGGAGACGUCUGGAGCAACAACACGUUGUUCAGGUACGAUGAGGGCGGCCGCCCCGUGGAGGUCAUGCUGCUCGACCAUCAACUCAGCAACCACUCCUCCCCGGCUUUCGACCUCAACUUCCUCUUGUACACCAGCACCACAGGGGAGGUCAGGCAGCCCAACCUGGACGCCUUCCUAUCCACCUACUACGACACUCUUGUCAAGGUCCUGAAGCAGGGUGAUCUUGAGCCUCCCUUCACGCAGGCGCAGCUUCUUCAAGAGUUUAGAGACAUGAGCGGGGCUGGGGCGAUCUUCGCCAUGGUUUUUAUACCCUUGGUGAUCGUGGAACCCGAGAAUGCGCUGGACAUUAAUGCAUGUACUGACGACGGCGUCGAUGAAAUGUUGCAGGACUCACAGACCAAGUCGCUGGAGGCACAGGUAAAAGACCCAUUGAUUCGCCAGAGAUUUUUAUCAAUGUUCGAUGACAUGAUGGAGGCUGGACUGUUCCCCUGAGCGGUGCACGGCGCCUCGUGGACGCUGAGUGAAGGUGACGGACAUUUUGGAAGAAAUUACUUACGUCGCUUGACAUGAAGAGACUUCCAUUCUCGCCACUUCGAAGAGGGAGAGUGGAGGGUCUGUAGUUAAUCUCAGAGCCACAGAACGGGAGAGUUUGACCAACUUGAUCACAGGCGCCAUGUUGUUACCAAAAGAUUCGCGCGCAAUUCAGAUUGAUGCUGAUUUUUUUUUUUUUUUUUUUUUUGUGUGUGUGUGUGCUGUUGGUAUCGUCAGGGUCUCCAAGAAGUACCUGAAGCACAAAAAAAAAAAAAAAUGUAUCAGCAUCAACUUGAAUUUCGCACGAAUCUUUUGGUAACAAUAUGGCGCCUGUGAUGAAGUUGGCCAACACUCCAAUUCUAUGGCUCUGGUUGCACUCUCCUUUUUUUAUAGCGAACUCGGAUAUCACAGAGGGGGUGCGCCACACUUCCUACACGUCCUACAACUACAACUUUAUCAGUUUUUAGAAUAGUGACACAUUUCGUACUGAGUUACAGCCUAUCUCGUACACACAAAAAUCUAUUCAGUCACAAUUUCUACACGGUUCCAGCCACAUUUCCUACACCAAGAAAGGUAGCGAACUCGCGUCGAGUCGUGUUUGACACGAAAGAAAGAAAGGCAAGGAAGGACUACAUUAACUUUUCCCCCAGCUACGGAGCGAUGGCGUUUUGGGACCCUUUGCUCCACUGCGGUCAUCCUGGGCAGGACAGUGGUUCUUCUGCCCUGCCGACACGCUGCCUCCUGUACAGAUUGUAUAGCUACUAUUUUGGCAGCAGCAUAUUAUUACCCUGUAAAAUCUCCCUCUUGUUGUAAUGUCAUUCAUGACAGGCUUGAGGUAUUCAUUUAAAGAGUUCCUUUGAAAUCCGUGUGCUCACGAAAUCGACUUUUGACUUGUUUUACAGUUUCAUUUCAUAAACGCAUGUUGUUAAGAGAAAAAGUCUCUCUUAAUAUUCUCCAGCGUUUGUACUCCUGCUUUUAUAAUGCAGUUGUGUUUCCUCUGCAAAAAAAUCGCAUUCGUUUGCACUUUACUUUUGUACACUCCACGUGACAGCAUAAUUUAUUAGUAGGAGUUACGCCGGAGGCCACAUUAGGAGAUAAGCUGGGUGCUUCUUGUUUGCGUAGGAAAUAUGCUGGAUACUGUGUGUUGGGUAGGAAAUUUGAUAGAUUGUGAUUAAGUAACGUGGGAAUACUCCAGCUUUUUGUAGUUUUGUAAGAGAUAUGACUACGCCCCAUCACAAAUAUUUCCCAAGAGCAAAAUGUUCUGAUAUAUUUUGUCCCCUAAAAUAUAUAAAAAAUAUAUCCGCCUUACCCUAAUCAGUGUGUCAUUUGCUGUUCAUAAUUCAUAAAAAUACUGAAAAUAUCAGAAAACCCUUUUAGCAUGUUUCUUAAACAUUUUUUAAAUGUUUCUUAAACAUUAUUAAAAUGUUUCUUAAACAUUUUUACUCGUGAACAUUUUUCGGUUUAAUGCCCCCAUCCAUUGCAAAGCUGCAACAAUGAAGUAGACCGCACGGGCUAUAGUGGCCCGAUUUGCGGGUAAUCGUCAACAACCCUAGACAUCCCGUCUGGGCUAUUUUGCCCGUUUUGGUAAAAUAUUUUUCUUCAAUAAUUUUCAUUACUAUAAAAUUUUCGCUGAUUGUAAAUACUUUUCUAUAACAUUUAUAGGAAUUGUUUGUCAGAGAAGUAAAUUUUCCUCAUAAACUAUACUAAAUGCAUAGUGAACUACUAUAAUUAUAUAGGCUGUUGUGCAGGCACAUGAUAAAAGUCCUUGUUUUUUUAUCAUUUAUUAUAACAUGUAUAGAAAAAAAUUAGCAAUAGACGUGUCAGGCGUCUCACAUCCACUUGGAAAGAUGGACAUCCAUUACUGGGCACUUGGUGGGGUCUGCUGGUGGAGUGGAGCCAUGUAGUUCCCUGUGUCUGAUAGACAAAAGCGUGACGGCAGGUAACGUAUCUACGUGAACAGGUGGAUAUCUCCCUUCUGACAUGGGGACGUAGUGGGGCAUGUGGUGGACGGUGUGUCCUGCCUCUCAGCGGAAGUUGUGAUUGAUGCCCUCUGCCCCCACUUCGGUAGGGAGAUAUGUGAAGCAAGGGAGCUCCUGGUGGGCCUGGAGACUUCUGCCUUGGUACCUUUAAUGAAAUUACUGAGCUUCUUUUAUUAAAUGCCUGAAUCCCUAUAAUUAUAUGUCAGGAGUUCCUUUAAAUGUCUGAGUUCGUCUAAAUUUACCCGUAAUUUAAUGACUGAAUCACUUUUAUUAAAUGUCUUGAGUGCCUGUAAUUAAACGUCAGAAACCACUUUAUUAGAUUUCUGAGUUCUUUUAAUUUUAUUUGGUCUUAUUUACUUAUUUGUUGUUACCCAUUUUAUUUUUUGUUUGUAUUUAUUUAUCUACUUAUAUCGUAUUAUAUUCCUGUAUAUCAAUUAUAUAUUAUUCAAUUUUAUUAAUUUUCAGACCCCCCCAAAAAACAAAACAUGGAGCAUAGGUCCCC